CCGCGAAGGUCCAAACCAAAACAUCAGAGGGCAGAGGCUACAGAGAUUCUCCCAACGAUUUUGGCUUUUGAUUUUGACUGACGCCUCAUUGUUGUUUCAGUUUCAUGGCUCAACCUGCAGUGCGAAUCAAAACGGUACUGGAUCGAAUAAGUCAUCUACCGGUAGAGAAUUGGGAAGAUGUUGAAGUAGCCUCCUUCCCAACUGCAAUAAAUAUGCAAGUAAUCAAAUUGGAUUCUUUAGAGUUUUCCAUUGAAAAGCAGCUCAAGGGUGUUUUGCAGUUGCUUCAAAAAUCUCCCAACCUAUGUGAAUUGGACAUUACUGGAGCCUUUGAAGAUGACUUCAUAGAAGAUGAAGCCAUGGAAGAUGAUGACAUAGAAGCUGAACGCAUGGAAGCUGCACGCAUAAAAGCUGCACGCAUAGAAGCUGCACGCAUAAAAGCUGCACGCAUAGAAGCUGCUUCAAGACUUUUGAAGGAUCCAGAGAGUUGCAUUAUUAGUCAGGAUCUAAAAAUGCUUAAAACAAUCAAGAUUGAUAUGUAUUGUGGAUCCACAGUUGAAAUGCUUUUUGUGAAAAUGCUGCUCUCAAAAUCCCCUAUACUAGAGAGAGUUGUCUGA